AUGACUGUAAUUGACUUUGCCGAAAACUCGAUAAAAGCUAUCUCCUCCACUCGAGUGGUUCUUGAGGGCGCAAUUAAACCGGCUACCAUUCUAUAUUCAUCUCGCUCAGGCAAAAUCAUCGAAAUAUACGUUGAUCAGGUGUUGGAUUCCGUAAGUCAUCCUCUUCUUCGUCUUUACGAUGUUCGAGUCUGUGAAAAUGUCUCGCCGAAGGUCAUAUUGCCGGGACUGGUUGAUUCGCAUGUGCACUUGAAUGAACCAGGCAGGACGGAAUGGGAAGGCUUCGCUACCGGUACACAAGCCGCAUGCAGUGGUGGUGUAACCACCGUGGUAGAUAUGCCAUUAAAUGCUAUUCCUCCAACGACUACUAUUGAAAAUUUCAAUAUCAAGCUGGAUGCGGCGAGGGAUCAGCUGUGGUGUGAUGUGGCAUUCUGGGGAGGCAUGAUCCCUGGUAAUCUUGACCACUUGAUUCCAUUGGUGAGAGCGGGGGUACGAGGUUUCAAGGGUUUUCUCAUCGAUUCUGGUGUCGAUGAGUUCCCAGCAAUUGACAGAGCAUAUAUCAAAAAAGCUCUGAGCGCUCUGAAGGAUUGCAAAACUCUGUUGGCGUUUCAUGCCGAAUUGCAGAUCGAUGAUAACCUGCACACGAUAGCUGAUUCUGAGGAGCUCAAGAAGAUAAGAUCUAUGGAUGGGAAGAAAGGUGCCACGAAAAAGCAAGGAGAUUCUCUGGCGCUAUCCCAUGUACUGUCACCAGCUGAACCAAGAGCUGGUAUUCCUUCCCACCUUGUUCAUAAUGAUGAUGUGAUCGAGUCGCCUUUGGAAACCGCAGCGGUACUCGAUAAGGAGCUGUCAAAAGUGGAUCCAUGUUUGUAUUCAUCAUUUCUUCUGUCCAGACCAGACAGGUUCGAAACCGAUGGUAUCUCAAUGAUUCUGAAAUGUUUAAAGGACAUAAUGAAAAAAAACGCAGGGAAAGUGCCCCCAGUGCAUAUUGUUCAUCUCGCUAGCAUGGACGCGAUACCUAUUAUACGGCAAGCCCAUAAGGAAGGUUUACCAAUAACAGCUGAAACUUGCUUUCAUUAUUUGAGUCUAGCUGCGGAGAAUAUUCCAAAAAGUGCUACUCAUUUCAAAUGCUGUCCUCCGAUUCGCACUGAGGUCAAUCGUGUUGCCUUAUGGAACGCCGUCCGUGCGGGUGUGAUCACAUCUGUGGUCAGCGACCAUUCGCCUUGUACUCCUGAGCUCAAAAGCCUAGCCAAAGGUGAUUUUUUUAGUGCUUGGGGCGGAAUAUCCUCAGUUGGGCUGGGCUUAUCUCUUCUAUAUACAAAGAGUCGUUCCAUGAAGCCAGUAGUGUCGCUUACCGAGAUUGUUAAAUGGUGUUGUGAAAACACCGCCGAGCAAGUCGGUCUGCAACAUCGUAAGGGUUUCUUACGCAUCGGUUAUGAUGCAGACAUCGCAGUUUUCGACACGGAUGCGAGACAACGUAUUGACAAUUCGUCGGUUUAUUACAAAAACAAAUUGACGGCAUAUCAUGGUUUAACACUGGACGGUGUAGUCAUGAAGACCAUUGUACGAGGCAAAGUUGCUUUCAGUUAUGGAAAAGGCCCUUCCAAUGCUCCUCAUGGUCAAACUCUUUUGGAGCCCAGGUUUGCAUAG